AUGAUGGCGUAUAUGAACCCGGGGCCUCACUAUUCGGUCAACGCCUUGGCUCUGAGUGGCCCCAGUGUGGACCUGAUGCACCAGGCUGUUCCAUACUCAAGCGCCCCCAGGAAGCAGCGACGGGAGCGAACCACGUUCACCAGGAGCCAGUUGGAAGAGCUGGAGGCCCUGUUUUCCAAGACCCAGUACCCGGAUGUGUACGCUCGUGAGGAGGUGGCUCUCAAGAUCAACCUGCCUGAGUCCAGGGUCCAGGUGUGGUUCAAGAAUCGCAGAGCAAAAUGCAGACAGCAGCGGCAGCAGCAGAAACAGCAGCAGCAGCCCCCAGGGGGACAGGUCAAGGUUCGCCCUGCGAAGAGGAAGGCAGGCACAUCCCCACGGCCCUCUGCAGAUGUUUGUACAGACCCACUGGGCAUCUCAGAUUCCUACAGCCCAUCUCUGCCUGGUCCCUCAGGCUCACCUACCGCAGCAGUGGCCACUGUGUCCAUUUGGAGUCCGGCCUCGGAGUCUCCUUUGCCUGAGGCCCAGCGAGCUGGGCUAGUGGCCUCAGGGCCCUCUCUCACCUCAGCCCCCUAUGCCAUGACCUAUGCUCCUGCCUCUGCUUUCUGCUCUUCCCCCUCCGCUUAUGCUUCUCCAAGCUCCUAUUUCAGUGGGCUGGAUCCCUACCUUUCUCCUAUGGUGCCCCAGUUAGGGGGUCCGGCUCUCAGCCCUCUCUCAGGCCCUUCCGUGGGGCCAUCCUUGGCCCAAUCCCCCACCUCCUUGUCAGGCCAGAGCUACAGUACCUACAGCCCCGUGGACAGCCUGGAAUUCAAGGACCCCACAGGCACCUGGAAAUUCACCUACAACCCCAUGGACCCUCUGGACUACAAAGAUCAGAGUGCCUGGAAAUUUCAGAUCUUGUAGAAGAGGCUUCCUGUUCCCCCUUCUAGUUGAAGCACCCUCUCUGGGCUCCAUCUGCCUCCUCCAGCUUAGAUUCCAGGAGAGUAGCCCCCAGCAAGGGACAGGAAGUAGCAGUCCUGCCAAAGGCUAUGGACAGUCAGCCUCAGGUUCAGCCCAAUCUCAGCUUCAUCAGAGAGCCUAGCCCCUGUACAGCCUACCCCAUCAAUGAAAGAGGGUCUCGCCUCUACUGAGAUAGCCCAGCAGCAAUCAGUAGAUGUUAUGAUUGUGAUGUGUGUGUCUGCUGCUUUUCCAAAGACUUCAGUAAAGGUGCUGAGAAUGAGCUCCAGAGACAAAGGAAAUCUGUCUUGCAAUUUACCUGGAGAAUGUUUGAGUCAGAACUCACGGUGCCCUAAGCCAGGUGUGGUGACUCAAUGUUUGUAAUCCUACAAUGGAAGAAACUGAGGCAAGGGGGAUUUCCGGGAAUUUGAGGACAACCUAGGCUCCAGAGUGAAACCUCUAAAUUCACUUGGAAAUUUUUAUACAGUUAAAGUUAACAAAUGUUAUGUUUACAUGG